ACUUGGAUUCAUUGGACAGCUUGACUGCAGACUUUCAGUGUACCAAUUUACCAAUUUCUCUUAUAUAAGGUAAGCUUUAAACAUGCAUCUUACAUCUAUGUAUCUUACACAUGUAUAUAAGCAUCGCUUUUCUCUAUUUCAAGAAACUUCAAUAUGCCGAAAUAUACUUUGCAUUACUUUGAUGGUCGUGGUAGAGGAGAAGGUAUCAGACUACUGUUCAAAAUAGCUGGAAAGGAAUUUGAGGACAAGAGGUAUACCUUCAGUGAUUGGCCUGAAUAUAAGCCAAAAACUCCCUUUGGUCAACUACCUGUAUUGACUGUUGAUGACGUUGUAAUCGCUCAAACUCAUGCAAUUGGACGUUAUCUUGCCAGGGAGUUCAAUCUAUAUGGUUCAAAUAGCCUUGAAGCCGCCAUAGUUGAUCAAGUUGUUGAAAAUAAUAGUGAUUUGAUCACUCCAUCUAUACCUUGGCUAUUUGGGGAGAAAGAUGAAGCAACAAAAGCGGAACUAAAGGCCAGCUAUUUUGAAACUAUUGGCGUACAAUUAAACCAUCUUGGAAAGUUUUUGGGAGAUAAAGAUUAUUUCCUUGGCGACAAAAUAUCAUACGCCGAUGUAGUAUUCUUCACUGGUCUGGAAUUUAUUAUACUAAAAGGAGAAGGUACCCCCGAAAUGUUGAAAGCGUUGGAAGAAGUUCCAAAUCUGAAAAAAUUGUACGACCGAGUUGCAAGUUAUCCGGCUGUUGCCGAAUGGAUUAAAGUACGCCCUCAAAAUUCGUUCUAAAUAAAUAUUUUGAAUAUCUAAAAUAUGAGAUGUCUGAUCAAAUUAAACGAAUACAAGAAACAACUUUAUACAUGAAAUAUUAUUUUGAAUUUUCAAAUGAUUUAUAUUCUGUAAAAGCGUUAAGUAUCAUUAAAACUUCCGAUACUUUUCAAGGAAAGACAUACUUUAAUACUUUGUCCUCAUCUAAUACUUUUAAGUACUUUGUCAAUGAAUAUAAAAAAGACAGCAAUAAUUUUACAUUUCUACGAAUAGAUUAGAGUAUCUCGUAAAGUAAACUAUUCGCCAUUUUAACGGUAUUACUUUUGUAAAAUUCAAAAUAAUUAUCAAUAAAACAGACAAUCUCUAAAGGAUAAUAAUAACAAUAGAGAACUAUAAUAAAGAGACA